AUGGCGCGCCAUGGGUGUGUCACAUACCCCGACCAAGUCAGAGAAAAACUGACAGGCAAGACUAUCCUGAUCAUCGGGUCAAGUAAAGGUGGUCAACGAGGUAUAUGGAGUAUUUUCUCAGACGCAAAAAUCAAGGUCAUUCUGGUUGGACACGGGACUUCAAAUCACGCAGCAGGACAAGUGCAUACAUUUAUCCAGUACGAUUACUUCACAGAUCACUCAGAUAUCGAGAAACAUGCAAUUAACAUAAUCCAACUUCUUGGAGAUCGAGUGAAAGAUAUUGACGGAUGUUUCACCUUUACUGAAGAGGUUUCACCAAUAACGGCUGUCGUAUGUGAGAAACUUCGAGUCAAAGGAUUUCAUCCUGAUGCUGCCAUAGCAGCGUGGAGCAAGCAAAAAACAUCUGAAGCUCUGAGAUCUAAAACAAGGAAUUCAACAUUCAACGCAGAAAAAUAUUCUCCAAUUUCCUAUCGCAUUCAAAGAGGAGAUGAUAUCAAAGAAUGCAAGCAAAUAAUCUAUCCUGCUAUUCUCAAGCUGGAACAGUACGAGAGCUCCAGGGCAGUUGUAAAAGUUGUUUCUGAAGACGACUGCCUUCUACAGUACAACCAAUUACAGAAAGAAUUUAGAGAAUCCUCCUUUGGAGAAACAUUUGGAACGUCAAUGGUCCUCAUGGAACUUCUUGAUGGUCUCUCCUACGAGGUGGACGUGGUGAUUUACGACGGCGAGCUCAUGACUGCAUUUGUUACCGACAUUGGUCUCUACCUCCCUAACAGUUAUGCCUGCACUUCGAUAUGCACUCCUUCUAAUCUGUCAGCAGAACUUCAAGACCAACUGAUGACAGCUGCGCAUCAUUGCUGUUGUAAAGUCGGUUUACUCAAUGGAGUUUUCAACACAGAGUUUAAAAUGACAAGGACCGGUCCGAAACUCGUUGAAAUCAAUGGAAGAGUAGGCAGUUUUCGUAGAUGUAUUAUCUACGAGACCACUCAUGGCGUCAACUUGUGGGAGAUUGCAGCCGCCAUAGCUUGUGGAAUAAAGCCUUGUUUUCCAGAAGUAACCCCAAGAUGCUUUGCUGUCGGAGCCUUUCUUUUCAGUAAAUUUCAUGAAAAACAUUUUCUCGAAGAAGGCGUUGGUUUAAAAUUAAAAGAUAUGGUUGAAGCAAAGGACAUCCUCCUGGUGAUGCAACCCAAGAGAAAAAAGCUGCACUGUGAAGCCGGAGAAUGUCUCAUGCCUUUCUGUCAUCUAGUUGCACUUAACAAAACGAGUAUAAAGUGUGCUAGACAAACGCUCACUCAGCUGUUCCAGGACCUCGGAUUUAACGGGACCGAUUAUGAUAUUGAACGAUUCACAAGUGUGUGGGCAUAAUAUAUAUAGACCUACCAUGUCUUCUAUCAACGUGGCCAUAACAGAUGUGUGAACGAAACCUCUCAAAUAAACUUAACACCGCCUAGAACUACCAUAUAAGGAGCACGCCAGUAUCUUUAUAUAACAAAAAACACUUGUAUAUUAUAUAAAUCAUAAACACUGACUAAAACAACCAUAAAGAAGCACCCAAGUAUUUUUACAUAAAAACAUUUGUAAAUAAUUAAAA